CGGGAAUAUGUGGCCUUCUGCAACUUGUAUUUUAAUAUACUAUACUCGUGGACAAAAUUAUCGCACCAUUGCUUAUGGUGAUGCUUAUGUGCAGUGGUGCGAUAAUUUUGUCCAGGAGUAUAGUUCAACUAGUAUAAUAUUUUGAUUUUUGGAAUUUUGCUAUGUAAUUUAAAUUGGACAAAGAAAAACACAUUAAAAUUUUUUAGGAAAUGCAAGUUGAUAAGGAUGGGUUUUACAUUCCAUUAGUUCCUGUUCUAACUCCUGGCCGUUUGAACAACUUUACAUCCAAGCAUCAGGACCUUAAACAGUUUUUACAUAAAAAUGGUGGUUCUCAUAUUUUGAAUGAAUAUGACGAGAACGGAAUACUGUCCGAUAGGACGAGGAGGGAUUUAGUAAAUCUAACUGAAAUAUUUUAUGAUGACUCUCAAAAAACGCCAAGUGGAUAUUUGGCUUGGCGUCUUCGAACUGUGAUGAGAAGUAGGGGUAACAUAAGAAAGAGAAAAUGUGAUGAUGGAAUAGAAAAUAGGGUGCCAUUUAAAAAGCCGAAAAAUAUUGAAAUAAGCACAGAAGAAGAACGAGACAUAGAGUUUUUAAAAAAUUCAAAUUACAAGACUCAGAAAGAGGAGAUUUUUAAAAAAAUGAAAAGCACAAUUAAUGUGAGAAAACAGAGAAAUUUUACACUUGAUGAUUUUCCUCGAUUUCUCGACACUGAUGGCUUGAUUCAUCAAGAUUUUAAUUUGCUUUAUCCUGAUUCUUGUCCAUUUGCCCCAAAAUUUGAGAAAUACUUAGACAUUAUCUUUAAAGUGUAUGACAAAACUGCUUGCAGUAAAUCAUCACUAGUUGAUGGAACUGUUUCAGGUUGGAAUAAGCCGACGCGAGCACUUUUAGCGCUAUUGCAUAUGCUGCCAGCUACUGCCAAGGGAAAAAAAGUGGGAAGAAGAGACUCAUUUGAAUCAUCUGUGGACAAAUUACUAAUUUUCUGCACUACUUGGCAAGACACCAAAACAAAAAAGGCUUCGUUAAACAGAUACAUAAAUGUUACUGGUAGGGUUCCUCCACCUCCAGUCUCUGGGGAAUCAAGUUACGUCGAAAAAAAGGUGGUGGCUAUGGCUAUAUUAUGA